UAAAACACAUGUUGCUGCUCUUUGGCUGUGUGGUGGUUUGGCAGCUCUGGAGGAAAAGACACUGAUAGGGGACUUAACAGGCAGGGGACUUGAUCACUUGACAAACAAGACAUUAAAAAAGAAAGACGGGAACACACAAGCUAAUAAAAAGGCGUGCUCUGUGGCAGCAGGAGCAGCAGCAGUGGGAGAGACUUAAGAACAGACUUAUACUAGCUUCUCAUAGCUUCUCCAGAAUUAGCCCACAUCUUAGAGGAAGGAACUGUGUGGCUGCUUUUGCACCUCAGGGCCUUUUUACACGGACAAACCACAGUAAGAUCUGGAGAACCGAGGACUGAUAGAAGGGAACUUUCACAUACAUAUAUUGUAACCACUGAACUCAACAUUAAAGGGAAGCCACAAGUCAGAUGCUUUUUUUUCAGGAGGUGGGAAUAUAAAGAAGGAAUUUGCUCAGAUCGGAAACAUCUCUCAGGCCUUCAAUCCAUUGUGACAUAAGAGAGUGUGCUGGUCAGAGGUCCUCAAGAGACUUUUUCUGAGGUAAUUCUCAGCUUCAGACGUCUAGUAGCCUCCUUAUUUAACUGGACACCUCAGGUUGUGCAUCAAAGCUUCUGCAGUAAGAAGUGCAUGUUUUAAAGCCUCUUUAACCUCCUCCAUUUGGCUCGUGGGCGUCUGGGUUGCUGUGACAGGUUACGUCUGGUUUAGACACACACACAUACACACACUCUUUACUGUGCAGCUGGAAGAUCAAGAGUUUUUGUGUUGCACAUACCUGCACUGACUGAGUGUGUGUGGUCUGAAGGACUCAGCUGGUCUGUUGGGAGUCAGAGAGGCGGCCAGCUCUAAGUGCUUUCUGCCAGAAGGAAAAAGGAGGCAAGUUCAUACUGCUGAGUGCCUCUCAGAGACGGCGAGCAGAGCCAAGGACUAAUGAUGAAGAUGAGACGGACUCUGUGCAGAAUCUCCUGCUUGGUGACUCUGCUGGUGGAGCUGAGCUGGAUCAGCGUGGGACACGGCAUGCACAGAGAGGGAGGAAGUAAGGUGGUGAAGCAGUGGGAGAGGAAGGUACGGUCAGCCUCCAGCCUGGAUGAGUUGCUGAGACUCGCAGACUUUCCUGACUGGAAGUUGUGGAAGUGUCGCCUGCGCCUGCAGCAGCCGGAGACCCUCUCUUCACCUCCACCUUCAGUGGGCUCACACCGCUCUACGCGCUACGCUGCCGAAUCGUACAGCCUGGAGAUACUUAAAGCCAUAGAUGAAGAGUGGCAGCGGACUCAGUGCAUGCCGAGGGAGACGUGUGUCGACGUGGCCAAGGAGCUGGGCACCGACCCCUCCAUGUUCUUCAAACCUCCUUGUGUCUCCGUCCACAGGUGCAGUGGCUGCUGCAAUCAAGAAGGUGUCACCUGCAGAAACACAACUACUGUAUUUGUGAAUAAAACGGUCCUCAGUGUCAUUCCCUUCAAGUUUGUACCAGAGCCGGUGCUAUUAAAAGUAGCCAAUCAUACAGAGUGCCGGUGCAUGGAGCCCGCCAUAAUACGACGUAACGCUCAACCUCACAGUAGCAGUGGCUGCUCUCCGAUGGGCCAGCUGUCAGAGGCAGAGGACUCCAGGAGACUUUGUGCCAGUGGGUUGAUUUGGGAUUGUUCAAGUGAUAGAUGCAUACCUUACCCCUCCAGUACACCAGAGUUUCCACUCAGUUCAUGGAUGCCCGACUGUGAGAUAGACGUGGAGCGCUGUGACUGUCUUCCUCGAACUGAGCCAACUCUGCAGCCAAGACCGAUCCAACACUGUCAACUCAACUCCUCCAUUUGCGCACACAAGCACCAACGUUUUGAUCAAGCCUCCUGCAGAUGCAAAUGGCCCAAGUAGAAGUCCACCGGGGAAAAACAUUACGACAACCUGCUCGCCAAGGAUGUUUGGAGGCAGAGAAAAAAGGCUCAUAAUUUAUUUACAGUCCUAUUUAUGCCGAUCACUUUAACUAAUUAAGAUGAUAUUAACUCACAUGACCAUGUUAAUUGAUUUUUUAACAUGCUUACCUUUUGUUUCAAUCAAUGUGUCAAGUUUAUGAUUUGUACAUUUGUUCUUUUGUGCACUGAAUAUGUAGUUUAUAUUAAAAGAUUAUUUUUAUAAUUUGAA